AUGCUGAGGGAUUAUUUCAGCUUGGAAACCUCCUUAAGCACAUUUUUUGGGAGAAUUACUGAGCCCAAGCUCUUCGUGCUCUUUUAACUGUUUUCUGGAAUUUGGGGUGACUCUGGAUUUCCCCCAGUAUUAAACAGUGCUAUCCCUCAGAGAAAUCUUCAUGCAGAGAGUUUCCCUUAUAUUAUAGAAGUAAACUACAGAUAUCUUGAUUGUUUCUAUAAUAUUUAUGGGGAAAUAGAUGUUAUAACAUGCCUUUCAAAUUCCCAGUGGUCACCCAUAGAAGAAUUUUGUGAAAACAGUUGUCCUGUCCUGAUGAUUGUAAAAUAUGCUGUUCCGAAGCCAGAGGAGGUGAUGAAGAUUUAUCCUGGGACCAUUGUGAUCUAUGUCUGUCAACGAGGUUACGGCAGCAUCCCUGGAAUGAGUCCUGUUAUUACUUGUCUUCAGAAUAACUCUUGGUCAGAAAUCCCUGUUUUUUUGAAAAAAAAAACUGGUGAUCCAGGAAAACCACACAAUGGCAAAGCUGUUAUUGUAACUGAUCUCCUGUAUCAAUCAAAAGUAACUUUCAUCUGUGAUGAUGGGUACCGAUUAAUAGGAUCAUGCUUUACCCAGUGUUUAAUAAAGAGUAAUACUGUCAAAUGGAAUAAGGUGCCUCCAGAUUGCCAGCCAAUCACUUGCUCUUCUCCUCCUAACAUUGCUGCAGGCACUCAUGAUGGAGGAGGAAGUAUUGAGAAUUUCCCCUAUAACUCAACAGUAACUUACAAGUGCAAAAAUGGCUUUUUACUGAUUGGAGAGGCUUCUAUUCAUUGUAUAACAGAAGAUAAUGUAAAGGGAAUCUAG